GCUAGCAUGCAAGCAGCAGGCAGUAGCUCAGCAUCCCCAGCACCAGGACGAGCACCAUUCCAGCGCAGCAGCGCCUACGACGAGGAGGCGGUGCCAGGAGCCAGCGAACAGCGUUUGAGUGAUUAUGGCGCCAUCGCAGCAUCGGGCAGCGGACUGCUCGAUACACGGUCGCGCAGUCCCAGCAUCUUUCUGGAGCCACCGACGCCGGAUCCAACGCAUGCACACUUCGGACCCGGCUGGGGUCGACCCAUGUCGCCCAUGGAUCUGCCGCCCGAGCGUCCGAGCAGCAGUAGCGCAGGGCAAAAGUCACCGACCAGCAGCAAGUCGCGUUUGCGUCCCAAGCUGCACAUACCGUUGGGCCGAUUGGGACGUUCCACGUCGUCGGAUACGCGGGAGCGUGAGAGCAUCCGACUGCGCGAAGAUGUGCAUGUGCAUGUGGAGAAUCCGGUGUUCAGCAGCGAGAAUCUGCGUCAGAACAACUUCGAUGCGUUCUUCGAGGCCCGCGAGCCGGUCAUCAAGGUCCAACCUCGUACGCCCAAUACGGCGCCAGCCGAUGGACGCGGCUAUUCGCCCCCGUUGGAGAACUAUGCCGGCGUCUAUGAUUCGCCUCGCACACGAAGUCCAGCUGGCGGGCGUUCGGGUGGUGCGAGUUUAUUUGCACGCUCGCCGCAGGAGGAACGCGAGCGUGCGCUCAAUGCUCGUUCCCGCAGUGCCGACCAUUGGGAUGAGCGGGCGGGUGCGAGUGGUGCGGGGGGUGGCAAGAGCAGUGGUGCCGCGGGGGCUUCGGCACCCGCUGGGUCUGGGUCUGGUGGCGGCGCGCACUCCAAAGGUGACAGAUUCUUCGGCAAAAUCUUCAAGUGGUCAAAAAAAUCGUAGUUUCUUCGGGUGGAGGGGGCCACGGCGUGGUUCCCUUAGCCCACAGGGCAGCAUGGCGUCCUAUAAUGGUGUACUCAAGGAUUACAGUCACAGCAGUUUGAACGAGGCUUUCAAAUCCCAGAACAAUGUCAACUUUAAGUUAAUUAAAACAGUAUCCGAUUUCAACGAAACACUUGCCCAAUUGUAUGAGGAACAUGCAACUGCCCUUCAAACUUUAGUGUCCAAUUAUCGCAAAAAGAAUGCCGACCUGCGCAAGGAAAGACCCGCCUGUCAUUUGGCCAUCUUUCAGGCAUGGGAAACAUUCCUGCAGGAAGCGGAAACCGACUCACAGGCCUGCAACGAUGUGGCCAGUGUGCUCUCACGUCAGGUGUCACGGCCAAUGCUGGAUAAAUCCUUUCAUCGCAAAGUUCAAAGUCGCAAAAUAUUUACACACAGGGAGUCUUUUGAGACUAUUAUCGCAAAGACUGAAGAGAAGCUGUCAAAGUGUCGCCUGGACUACAAGCAAUGCCACAUGGCACACCGCCAGAAUCCCAGCCAACACUCGCUAACCGAAUACAUUGAUGCGCACAAUGCGUACGUACAGCAGUUGCAUGCAACGAACGGCAUGCUCGAGGCCUACCACUGCGACACGUUGCCACAAUUGAUGCAGGAACUGGAGGAGAUACACAACGACCUAUGCAACAUUGUGUCCGAUUCAUUGCAACAGGGCGCCGAUGUCAUUGCCGCCAAGGCCACAGAGCAGGCAAAGCGCUAUGCGAGUCUGGGCAACCAAUGCAGCACCGUGUCACCGCAGCAGGAUCUGGCCAACUUUGUGCGGUUGCUGGCGCAGCCAUCGCAGGCACAGAAAGUUCCCAGGCGGGUCUUUGCACCGCCUCAGGCACAGCAGCCCGGCGAGGCAGCCGAGGAGACUGGCGACUAUAACGAGAUGACGCCCGUUUUGCGCAACGAGCUCGUCUUUGACCGCCACUCGACGUUGUCGCAACGCUCAGCGUUGGAGUCACUAAAGCGUGAGGCCAUUGAAUUGGAAUUGCAAAUACGUCAACUGCAGGACUCCAUUGAUGCACUGAAUCGAACACAAACGCGCGGCAUUGAGGGUCAACUGUAUAACAAGGUUAACGAGCUCCAGGAGGAUUUGUCAAUGAAAAAGUUUGAUUUGCGCGCCAAGCAAAUACAUUUGGCUGCCAUACGAGCACAGAAGGAGUUAUUCGUUAGCAAAGUUGAGCCAACUUCGCCGCGAAACGAACGCAAAUUUUCCGCUGCCACAGCGCCAUCGAUGAAAACAAAGUGGCUGAAAGCAUUUAAGAGCCUAAAGCCGGCGGGUUCUGGUUCAGCACAACAAUCAGAUAGCCAACAACCCCGACAAAAUCAAAUGUACCACGCUGUAUCGACCGUGUUGACCUUGAGGCGUAAUGGUGCCUCGAAUGCCCCAUCGGAGUCGCUGCGUCCCAAUCUGGAUGGCAGCCAUCAUCUGCAGGAGUACACGUACAAGAAGAUAACGGCCUGUGAUGUCUGCUCGCAAAUUCUGAGAGGUCACACUCGUCAGGGGCUGCGGUGUCGCAUCUGCAAGCUGAAUGCCCAUGGCGAUUGUGCCCCAAAUUUGCCACGUUGCCAGCCCAAACAGAAGCUGUUGCGUCGCCAGAAGAGCACUUCGGAGCUGGAGAAUCGUGUUGAUAUCGAGGAAGAAACCGGCGACAAAUCCAUCCAGAUGCAGGGCAAAACAUUGGACAACGUUGGAGUCUCAGUCGUAGGAGGAGCGGGAGCUCCGUCGGCCAGUAGCAGCAUUGCGCUGCCGCUGCAGCCACUGAGCGGCAACGAGCGGCCACCAGCGCCGGAAAUUCCCAUUGUGAAUGUGCCGACACACGACACGACACAGCUGGAUCAACUGUCGCAUCCACAUCAGCAGCAGCAUCCACAGCAGCAGCAGCAGCAGCGAAGUCUGGCAUCGGUGGCACAGGCGGCAGCGGUGCGAGCGGGCCGCGGGGUGCGUCCCCCGCCUGUGGCAAUGCCCAUACUGGGCGUGCAACUGCAACAACAGGAGCUGCAACAGCAACGUGGCGGUCUGCCGGUGCCCACACAAGAUAUCUCUAGUAGCUCAGCACCGCACUCACCGCGCCGUCAAAAGUUGAACUUACGCAUGAAAUCGUUAAGCUUGGACUCACCCGAAUCCUCGGAGCUUCACGGUCAGUUUAGGCGUCGCCAGCAUCUGCCGGCGAACGCCGCCUCGACAUCCAGCGGCUACUACCAUGGCGGCUCUGGAGGCCAUCUGGAGCACAGUACUCCGCCAUCGAACAACAGCCGGCUGCACUCGCCAUCGAGCCCCUCGCAUCCGGGACGCAAGCUCCUCUAUGCCACACGUGGCAUGCGGGGCGGCAGCGUCGAUUUGCCCGACGAAAUGGAGAAGUCACAGUCUUCGGCCAGCACAUCGCCUUGCCUAUCACCAAAAUCGCAUCGUCUGCUGCCCACCAAUCUGUAUGUCAUACUCUACAACUUCAAGGCGAGACACGCCGACGAGCUGGACCUCAAGGCUGGCUAUAAGGUGACAGUCAUCGAUACCUCGGAUCCGGAUUGGUGGAAGGGCAAAGUGCUGGGACGCGUUGGCUUCUUUCCAUCCAAGUACUGUGUGCGUCUCAAUGCCAACGAGAAGCCGCUGCAGGUGACACACAAUCUGCAGGUGUCCGAUGGCGAACGUGGCGAGAACAUGACACUGCUGCGAGAUCAGAUUGUCAUUCAGACUGGCGAUGAGGUGAACGGCAUGGUGAUGGUGCGCUCGGCGGACAACCGGCAAGGCUUCUGUCCCAUCAAGUAUCUGCAGGAGGUGUGACAGCCAGAAGAGGAAGAGCCGCCUGCUAAGUCAUCAAUGCAAACGUCGCGUGCCGAUGCAAGCGACAAGACCAAGCGUAGAAUUAGAAUCGUAGUUUCCGACAACAACUUAGCACAAGCCUCCCCCUCAGCACCGCCACCGCCACCGCCGUCAACAGCAACAGCAACCACAGCCAGCACACAUCACACACAUUUACACCAUUCGCCGAGCCACGAAACGAAACGCCUGAACAUCGAGUACAGCGAUGCCGAUGGCGGACUCAUUUGGGACAAAGACAAGGAUGUGCUCAUACUUUCGGGCCGCAAUAAGAACGACAAGAACUGGGAGAACUGGGAACGCAUACGCGAACAAAAGCUGGAGAAAAUGAAGAACAUCUGCUUCGAGAGCUAUCGCCAGUCGAAACGCGACAAGCUGCUCCUCUCGAAGCCGCGACCCAAGCAACUCGACUCCACCUGGUACACGGACAACAUUUACUCGAAUCGCUCCGACGAUCUCGAUGAGGAUUAUGUGCCCGAUUGCCUCAAGUACGGCAGCUACAGCAAUCGCAUUCUACGCGACAUUCAUGAGCAGGACGAAAAGUAUGCCGACGAUGCGCUGCCAAUGCGCGAGCGUCGAGGCGAGGGCGAAGGCUCGCCGGGCUAUGGACUGCAGCGCUCGAAGAGCUGCAAGGAAUUUCAGUAUCCCAAGUCGCAGAGCUGCUGCUUCGAGGGCAACGUGUUUGAGGCGGGCGGCAGUGGAGGAACGGGAGCGGGCGCAGGGACAACCACCGCCACCACAUCCAUACUGAAGAAUCGAGCUGGUGUGCCGAAGUCUUACUCGUUCAGUGCCUCCACCAAGACGAUGCCCUUCGACAUUAUCGACUACGAGCUGCCGCCUGCCUCGAAUACGAGGAGAGAGAAACGCGAGGCCUACAGACGCAGCAUGAACAUGCUGUAUAGCAAUAGUCUGGAUGAACGCACUCUAGCUCACAGCUGCUGUGCACGGGAUCAGUGCACGAGUGCCAAGUGCCUGCUGGAUGACAUCUAUGCGGGGGGAACGCGACGGGGUGGCUAUGGCGGUGCCGCUGCCAGCGGUGGCAGCAACAGGAAUCUGAAUUUGAACAUGAACAUGAAUCUGAAUCGCAAUCUGCCGCUGCGUUCGCCUGCGGAUUGGCUGUUCGAUGAGCGCAGCGCAGAUCGGGCUGAUCAUCGUGGACGUGGCGGCGUUGCCCACGGCCACGGCCACGGCCAGCUGCCGCCCACGGUGAUCUGCUGCUGUGCGACGGAUGACUAUUGCUGCCAUCGCCAGCCACAGCACCGGGCCACAGCAACCGCAGCCCGGCCAAGUCGUGCUGCCCAGCAUUGUCCUGGCCAUCACCCUGCUGCCGAGGAGGAGGAGCACAUGCACUGCCGCUACGACACCGAUCUAGAGCAGUUCAUACGCGCCGAGCGGGAUCGUCUGCUGCUGCAGGACAAGUUCCUCGACGAGGACGAACGCUAUUUGGCCCAGGGACACAGCUAUGCGCCAAGUCACGGCUAUGCACAGCGUCCGACGCGUAGUAAAUCGUUGCUGGAGGUGCAGCCACCGAAUCUGUUUGACGAUGACAGCUGCUCGGAUACGACGGAAAUCGAUCUGGAGGAUUUUAACAUUGAUCUGGAGAAGUACUGGGAGCAGCUGGACAAACCGCCCAGUCCCAUCAACAUGGACAUGCGUCGCAAUAUGCACAGCAGCUUGAAAGUGAAGAACGUCAAUGUGCGUUGCUACAACAAUGGCCAGCCGAUCGAUAUGCAUGAUCGCGAGCACGAGCGUCUGAUGAUCAAGAAAUCGCUGCUCGAGGGCAUGCCUUCGCCGCCGCAGCACGAUUCGAAUGGCGGGGCUUUUUUUGAGAAUGCCGCUGGUCCGCUGCACCAUCCACACCAUCAACACCAGCAUCUCCAACAACAACAGCAACAUCAGCACCAGCAGCAGCAGCUUCAACAACUUCAACAGCAUCCGCAUCAGCAUGCCCAUCAUCAUCCACACCAGCGACAUCAUGCGCCAUCAGCAUACUCCCAUGGCUAUGGGCAUAAGGUGUAUCCGAGUGCAGAUACUCUGCCUUCGUAUCAGUACAACAACUUUUAUCCGGAGCACACGACGCUGGGCAGUGUGCUCACCCAGCAGCCAACGGCGGGCAUUCAUCACGCCUCCGCCGGCGGACAUUCGGCAUUGAGUUUGAUCAACAACAUCUUCUCCAUCUAUAAGCCGAACAAAUACUCGCCGGAGAACUGUCAACUGAACUAUGAGAGCAAACCGGAGCCAUGUAAGAAGAUGAAUGUGCCAAGCACGCGGCGACCGCUCGGCGCCGUCUCCAGCAACACGAGUCAUGGCCAUGAGCAGUAUCUGCACUCGUCGAUGAAGCGGCCGCUGUUGGUGAGCGCCGAUCAGCCGCACUUUAAGAUCAUACCGGAGAAGACGGGACUGAAGAUAUCGCCGCUGUUGGCCUAUGAUGAGUAUGGAGGCGGUGACAAGUCACAUCACAGACUGAGCAGCACCGCACGACCUUUGAUGCUUCCGCACUGAUGGUGCUGGACCUUUCCGUGGUAUGGUAAUGGUAAUUAUUGUUAGUUAUGCCCACAGCGACUGCCGAAUGAACUCUCUCCAGCUAACAAAACAGCAAACAACAAAAAGCUAAAACAAGUAGUAGAACAACAUGAACAACAAUCCAAAAGACUCGCUCGUUUAGCAGCAAUUAAAUAUUAUAUGAGAAACAACAAACAACCAAACAACCAAAAAAAGAAAAAAAAAAAACAACAAAAACAACAACAAAAAACGCACAACUUGGCCCAGUGGCUCAAACAAAAUGUUGUAGUGGCAUCGACACCCAGAUUCCCACUUUCCCAACUCCUUAUCCGCUCCUUUUCUUCUUCCAUUUCCAAAAACUCCUUUCGUCGUCGUCGCUGUCGUCGUCGUCGGAAAUGCUUUUGGUUUAUGUUUGAAGCAUCAUUUCAUCGUUUUGUCUGACACAAUUCCACAAAAGCCACCACCACCACCAACAACAACGACAACAACAACAAGAACAACAAUAACUUGAACAACAACAAACACCAUCACCAACAACAACAACAACUGCGCCAUACCAUUGGAAAAUAUUAAGUAUACAACAUGGGAGACACGUCUUAGAGAAUAUUAGCAGAAUAUUUAGGAAUACGAAGAAGAAGUAGUGAUGCAUGAUGAAAGCAAAGUAAAGAAAGAGCAUAUCCAGCUCGGCUUAAACAUACUCACACACACACACAUACACACAAACAUACACACACACACACAAGAACACACAUUCAGAACAAAUGUGCUUUUAAUCCGCUUGAAAAAUCGCCGCAUAUAGUUGAUAUAUAGUUCAGAUAUACUUACAAUAUAUAUAUAUAUAUAUACAAAUAUAUAUGUACCACUAAUUUUUCGAGCAACUUUUAAGCAAUCAGGAGGAGCGUACUUAAUAUACAUAUACUAUAUAUAGAUGUAUAGACGUAUAUUAUAGAGAGAUGAACUACAACUAUAUGAUAGUUAUGUAAGUCAUUCCAUAUCCGUGUUUCACGUUUGUAUUUAGGACUACAACAACAUUAAGAACAACAACAGAACAAGAACAAGAACAAAGGAAAACCGUACCGUAUCGAAGUGAACGCAUUGUAUACCCUGUAAUCUUGAAACCUGUAGCAGCUAAGCGAAUUUUUAUUAACACUAAACGAAACUAACAAAACUAUUGUCGAUAACGAUUACGAUAACGAUAACACGAACUAUAGCGAUUUAUCGUUCGGAAGUUUUGAACAAAAUGGUUAAUGAUUUGAGACAAACAUCGUUUUUAUUGCCACGAAAUUUUUUCUAUUUUUUAUACCAAAAACCAAAAAAAAAACUUACAUACAUAUAUAGUAUAUUAAAAUACUAAAACUAACAAAAAGUACAUUUCGAUAUGAAACGUUUAUAAGGCUUAAAACUCAAUAUAUGUUGCGGCUUCUAGGAGAACAAACAACCAAACCAAACCAAACUAGAUUUGUAUGUAUAUAAGAUGAGAUGAAUACUAUGAAUACUUUUGAAUACUCGUGUUAUGAUUGUACUUUUAUGAUGUAUGCGUAUCCACUGGCCUUAUUUAUUCAAACCAAAGCAACGGAACAAAACUAAAUGCAACACAAACAAAUGAGCUGAACACAAACACACACUUUGACACACACAUACACAAAUACACAUACAUACACAUGCACUUAAUAUGUGAAUUUAUUUGCGUUGAACUUUUGAGCGCACUUGAGAAUUAAUUUUAAGGCUUUGCGUUGAUUUUGUUGAUUGUUUUUUGGCGUCCAAUUUUACAAGAGUACAUAAGUAUUAUAAACUAGCGUGAGUAGCGAGUAAGUGUCUGACGAGUAAUGAAUAACGAGUAGCGAAUAACAAGCGAGAAGCAAGGAACAUUAGAAAGUAAACAAAUGCAUCGUAAUCGUAUUUGUAUUUGUAUUUGUAGUAAAUAAGACAAAAAGCGAAGCAAACCAAACAGUUUUAGCACGUAAACGUGCAAUCAAUUUUGAAUUUGAAUUUAUUUUUAAUGACUUUUGAAGAAAAACAAACAAAAAACAAAGAUAUAAAAACCAAAAAAAAAAGAAAAAAAUAUAGAAACAUUUUAUUAGAUAACGUUUUCUAUCCACAUUGUUGUUGAACUACUUAUACACAAGAAAACACAAACACACAGACAGACAGACAAAAAGACAAAAAGACAGUCAGAGACAGGUGCAGAUUGUGCGACGUGUAUUAUUAAUCUAAGUGUACCCCUAUGGCCUAUUAGUCAAUAAGUAAUCCAAUUUUCUACAUAGACUACAACAACUACAACAAGAACAGACACAAGAAAUUUAUGCACCAAAAAUCAAUGAAACAAAUAAACAAAGAACACAUCGAGCACUCAUUUAACGAUAAAAAAAAGUAUAUACAUAUAUAGAUGAUAUUUAGACUAUAUACAUAACAUAUAUUAUAUGAUUUAGUUGUGUAAGCGAGGAUGUAAGUCAAGUGUAAAGUGCAGUGACGACGAUGCAAAAUGAACAUGAACAUGAACAUGAAAACGCCCAAAUCUUAUGAGUAUGUAAUUAAUAGAGAAAUACUGAAAAAAAACCAAAAGUAAAUUCAAAUCUGCAAUGCCCAAAAAAUAGAACCACAACAACAACAAACCAGAACGUUCGCUCCGUCAUUGGAGAAACGGGAAAUGCUGAAAUUGGCAAUUAAGUAAAUUUAGAGAUAAUUGAGAAUAAAUAAACUUACUACUUAGCUGGUAAAUUUUGUAGCAGCCUCGUCCGAUUCCUUCUGGAGAAUUAAAAACAAGGAUUUCAUUUUCAUGCUGAACGGCGAGACGAGGCUGUCUAUACACAUAUUUAAUGCAUCAUUUUGUUUAGAUUGUAAUAUUGUUAUAGUUACGAUUACGAUUACGAUUGAGAUGGAUUGAGAAUCACAUAAUAUUGUACUUGUAUGUUAUUGCUUACCUUAUAUUGCAUAUAUAUACAUAGAGUAAUCGGUAUUCGGUGUAGGAACGCAAGGAGAAGAAGAAACCUUAAAGGCAGAACAUAGAACGAUUGUAGCAAAUUUACAUCUAAAUUACGAUAACGAAAACAAGAUACACAUAACGCAUACGCAUUCAGCAUAUGGCAUAUAGAACAUACAUAUAUAGUUAAGAGAUCCCGGCAAAAAAAGAAAAGAAAAAGCAAAGAUAUCAAUGCAACUUACAUAUAUCAAAGACAAAUACAACUAAAACACGUAAAAACGAACAACAAACAGUAAA